AUGGCGGACGAGUUAUUUGGUUGGGAUUUAACUUAUAGAUUAAUAGAAAAAGAAUUAACCAAAAAAGAAGAUUUAUUGAUUGCUUUCACGCACUGGUUUAUUAUAAAAAAUGGAUUUUCAUGCAUAGGUAAUGGAGAUUCGAAAACAGUUAAAGGAAAUGAAAUAAAAACUGAAUCUUUAAGUUCUGGUUGGAAUCAAAAUGAAGAUUACAAUAUUAGAUAUUUGUACGGAGAGAAAUUAUAUUUAUUGAGGGCUUAUGUAACUGGUGGUGAUAUCAUUUUAAACUUUUUGAGAGCAGAUGAUUUAUGCAUAUCUAGCUGUGUCUUUAAAGUAGAGGAUACAGUAAAACAAAUAAAAGGAAAUAUUCAAAUAUCAAUGCCAGAUUACAAAAAUGUUAUUUCGAUUUUAAGGAAAGAUUUAAUUGAGCCUGUUUUUAUUAAAACUACUCAUUCUGCUGUCGAAACUCAAACCACUGAGAAAAUUAUACUUCCGACUGCUGGAAGACCAGAUCCAUUUUCGCCUGAUGGAUCUGAUACAUCAACUGAUCCUCUUACUGUUCCAUUAAGAAGGCCUAUUCCCAUGUCAGGAUUAGAUCCCUUAUGGACUGACCCUUUGAGAGAUCCAAAUACAGUUGGAAGAAAUGAUUUAGAUCCAUUUUCUCCAGGGAUCGGAGGUGGAAUGAUAUUCGAUCCUUUGAAUCCUCGAAAUGAUAGAAGUUUAGACCCUAUUAUACCUGGUCCUAGUGUUCCUCGUGGAUUACCAAGAGGUGCUGUUCCACCAGGAGCUAGGUUUGAUCCUUUAGGACCACCAAAUUUUGGUAGGAACGGAGGCAGAAGAAUUGAUCCUGAUCCAGAUCACCUCCCUCCUCCUGGAUACGAUGAUAUGUUCAUAGAUUCUGGUCCCCCAGACUCAUCGUUAGAUUCCCGUAAUAACUCGCAGAGAGGAAGAGGAAGAGGAAGAGGAAAUAAUGAUCAAAAUCCAAAUCAAUUGAAUUCAUCUAGCUUUGAUAAUCGUUACAUGUGA